GCCUCGCAACCGCGAGUCCGUCGCGACGCUUCGUGACGUGAACAUCGCCGAGAUACCGACGUCCUCAACGUUAUCACCCUCGGGGCAUGAAUUACAACGAUAACAAAAAGUGAAAUUAUCGGAAUACCUCGGUGAAGGUGAAACUCGUUGAUUACCAUCAUUUGCAGGUCAUGCUAACGGGAGUGAUUUAUGGGCUGCCACUCUGCUGCGAGGCGAACAAUACCUCAUGGAAUUUCAAUAACUUGGACGAGUUUGAUAAAAAUGAAGAGGAAAUCCGGAAAAGAUUGUUCUACGUUCAAUGGAUGGCGUACGGAGUCGUCGCCCCAAUUUUUUUAGCAGCUGGAAUUUUUGGCAAUGUUUUAACCCUCGUCGCCCUAUCGAGUUCAUCUUUGAGGGGCGUGACGUACGUGUACCUGACGGGACUGGCAGUCGCGGAUAUCGGAGUCGUUGUUUUUUGGGUGCCGAUCGCCGCCAGACUCGGUUAUGGGAUCAGUGGAUACUAUCUGGCAGCCGUCUAUCACGCGCACGUUGAGCUCGUCGCCGUUAACACCUUCAUGGCUGCUAGCGUCUUCAUCAUGGCUUGCCUCACCGUUGAUCGUUACCUCUCGGUAUUUUUACCGGGCCGUUUGCGAGGCGGGUAUAUAAGGAGAAAUUCUAACGCCGCAAUCGCGGUUUCUUUCUUAGUCGGAUUCCUGGUGAGCGUUCCCCUCGGGGCGAUGCGUUCGGUCUACGAGCAGCAGGAUGGACCGGACGUGAUCUUUACCCUGCGUGAAAACACUUUGGUUACUCAGACCGAAUUAUGGGGUGCUUAUCUCUGGGCGAACGAGGUGCUCGUCUGUUUUGGACCGGCUGCGAUACUCGUAAUACUCAACGGACUCAUUGUCAGAAAGUUCAUUCAGCUAACGGCCAAGAGGAGGAAGUUUCAUGCCGUUUCCGACAAAUACCGAGCCUCUCACAUCGCGGAAACCUCAUCGCUCACAAGAAAUAGGGGUUACAGGGAGGAACAACACCUCGUGAUUCUUGUAACGGCGAUAGUGCUACUAUUUUUCGUAACUACGACGCCAUCGGCUUGUCUACUGGCGUGGCACGCAGAUCGUCCGGAAACUGACGUUGGAUUUCAAAAAUUCCGAGCUAUCGCCAACGUGGCGGAGAUGAGCAAUUUCGCUUUGAACUUCUACGUCUACCUCGGAUGUAGUACGGAAUUUCGCGGGGCUGUUUCCAGAAUUUUGCACGGACACUGCGGGGAUGACUGCCGCGAACCCAAUCAUGACACACCGGUAGGUGAAAUCGAGGAUUUCAGUCGCCACGGAACAACAUUUAGGAUGUCUCCGGAGCAUACGAAAUUAAAUUCACCUGGAUCACCUUCUCGAACCGUUCAAAAUAUCGUUUCCGGAGUCCAGGAGGAAAGUCCCGCAGUCAAGGAAUAGAAUCUAUCGGCAUUUUCAAGAGAUUCCCCUAGUGAUUAUUUAUUUGUAAAAAAUCAAUCGAGAAGUCAUGAUAUUAUACUAUAAAUACCAUACGUUGUUGUAUAAAUAAUUAAUUUAUUAAUAAAUAUCCACCUAUAUUCGCGCGUA